AGACUUUUGAAUCCUAGCACAUACGCUGGAUGGUUUGGAAGAUCUCUUUUUCAUGCAAUUGUUGUAUUUGUAAUCAGCAUACAUGCCUACGCUUAUGAAAAAAGUGAAAUGGAGGAGAUCUCAUUAGGUACUCUCUCUGGAUGUAUUUGGUUGCAGGCUUUUGUUAUGAUAUUAGAAACAAACUCUUUUACAAUACUACAACAUCUUGCUAUAUGGGGAAAUUUGAUUGGCUUUUAUAUCAUCAACUGGAUCUUCAGCGCCAUCCCAUCAUCAGGAUGUAUACAAUUAUGUUUCGCUUGUGUAGACAACCGUCUUAUUGGAUAACUUUCUUUCUCAUAGUUGCAGCAGGGAUGGGUCCGAUUCUUGCUAUAAAGUUCUUCCGGUACACGUAUAGACCAAGUAAAAUCAAUACGCUUCAGCAGGCUGAAUGUUUGGGUGGACCUAUUCUGUCACUGGGCAACAUUGAGCCCCAAGCAAGAUCAAUAGAGAAAGAUGUUACUCCUUUUUCCAUAACUCAACCCAAGAACAGAAAUCCAGUUUAUGAACCCCUAUUAUCAGAAAUCCAGUUUAUGAACCCCUAUUAUCAGAUUCAACCCAAGAACCCUGGAGAUGUUUAUGCUCUUUCUGCUGGUUACAAGACGGAAGAACUUGAGCAGGACUCGAUGCACAGACUUUUUGAAUGCUCCAUUGAUGUACUUGCGAAUAUUGAUCAGGUUUCCUCUGUUAAGUAUCUAGCUUCUGUUCUGCUUCUACUUCUGGGGGUCUCUACUAUUGGAGUACCAAGCUUGCUGGCCCAAAAUGGUCACCAUUUGCUUCAUGGAUAA